AUAAAUUCAGAGAGGACAUUCUCCUUAAAGCACCUGAUUGCUCCCUGCCUAAAGACAUUCUCCUUCUGAAAGGGAGCAAAACCCUGGUAUGCUGGACAUUCCCAGUGAAUGCCUGUAGUAAAAACAGUUUUGAUUUGUUGGAUUUCAGUCUAAUGCAGUGACGUUCCUGUUGGUCAUUAAAAUCCAAAAGGGACCCAUUGAUCUUGUUUAUCCACCCGUCCUGCCUGCAUCUUGGCUGUGGCAGGGUCCUUUCUCUUUGGCAGAAAUCCCAGGCUGUGUGCAUACGCACACACAUGCACGUUCAUAUGCCCCCAUACUCUGUAACCUAUGGAUCUUGAGUUUCUACAAAUGUAGGAAAUAAUGACUGGUCUAGAGAAGUAUUGUAGCUGUGUUGGUCUGAGGAUAUUAAAAGAAGAGAUCUGUAAACUCAAAAGAACCUCUCUCUUACAAAAACAAGUUGAUCCAACAUAAGAUAUUGCCUCUCCCAACUUUGUGUCUGUAAUAUCCUGGUACCAACACUAGUGCAACUACACAAAAAACUGAAACAUGGCUACAAUAUAUUUGUGCAUCAUUAUAGGUUGUUAUAGUCUAGAGGGCAAGAUUUUCAUAAAGCCAGAGGCAAAUAUACACAUCUACUAUUUCUGUGAUGACUAGCAAGACACACAAUUAGCUCUUGGCAUGUGUAGAUACCCAAAAUGCAAGUAAAACCUCAGUAGCUACCUGAGCAUUUUUUGCUAACAACUCUGAAAAUUAGACCCAAUGCAUUUUAAAAUAGUAACACACUUUAUAUGAGUAGCUAUGGCACCAGCUAGGGGAAUAUUUGUUUGAUCUUGCCAACUGAUUAGUUGGGAAGAGUAAACAGAAGAAAUAUCUAUUUUUGUUUAAAAAAAAAAAGCCAGGACAGCCAGAAGACAGCUUAAAGAGGGAACCGUUUGGCUGAAACUGGACCUUCUUCUCUGUCUCGCUCUAGUCUCUCCCCAGAUCCCUCAAAAUUCUCAUAUUGACAAGGGGCUGUAAGAGGACAUUCCAGUGGCUAUUAGCCAUCUGCAGCAGUUUUCUGGGUGUGCUCAUUCCACAACAAAGGUGAGCCACUGUCCCCUCCAAUAGGUGACAAUUAACAUCAUCCAUAUUGUUCAAGUCAGCUGAGCUAAUGCAGCUCAGAAGAGAUGGCACCAUUGGUGAUGCACGGUGCAAGAGGGGAACAGAGUCAAACAAGUAAAUCUAGUGCAUACACAGCCUAGACAAACUGGUGGCAGGAGGGAGGUGAGGCAAUGCUCCAAUGCGAGGCUGGUGAGACAUCAGACAGUGGAGCCAGAAGCUCUGGCACGGGAGACAUAGGCUGAAAUCAGACCAUGACCCUCACUCCUUUAUCAUUUGAACAUGAUGCAACCUGCAGGGAUUAAUGAUUGAUGACGGAAUUUAGGCACAGAGGUGGUACAAUGGCUGCAAUCAAGCUUUUCCUCUCGCUCUUUGUUGGCCUGUGUGCUUAUUAUUUCUACAGCGAGGAAACCUUAUCUCCAGAAAUGGUGCAAGGGAAGCGUGUGCUGGUGACUGGUUCAAGCACUGGGAUUGGGGAACAAAUAGCCUAUGAGUUUGCACGAAUGGGAGCCCACCUGCUCCUCACUGCCAGGAGGGAGAAGCAGCUCAAAGAGGUGGCACAGAAGUGUCUGGAACUGGGGGCAAGUUCUGCUAGAUAUGUGGUGUCCGACAUGAACAACUUGAUUUCAGCCCAGAAUGUCAUUGAAGAAGCCAGAAACAAACUGGGGGGUCUCAACUACCUGGUUUUGAGCUUAUUCCAAGGAGACAUGGCAACUGUGACCAGUUCUAUGACUGUCAACUUCUUGAGCUAUGUCCAGCUGACAGUUUCUGCAAUGACCAUGCUGCAGGAGUCUCAGGGCAGCAUCAUUGUCAUAUCCUCCAUGAGUGGUCGCAUAGGAACCCCAUUCACCCUUUCAUACUCUGCUGCCAAGUUUGCUCUGGAAGGUUUCUACAGUUCGCUACGCAGGGAGCUGCAUCUUCAGCAGAUCAAUCUCUCUGUCACAAUUGCUGUGCUGGGAUACAUUGACACAGACAAUGCUGUGAAAAUCGUCGGUGAUAAAAUCACCAUGAAAGCAAAUCCCAAAGAAGAGUGUGCACAGGUAGUGGUGCGGGCCGGUGUGCUGCGACAUCGAGAGGUCAUAUAUCCUUACUGGAGCCAAAAGCCUUUGCUGCUGCUGAAGGAAUGGAUACCAGGCCUGCUGGAAAGGCUGUUGGACAAAUUCUUCAUCAUGGAAAAUAUCCAUUAAGCCCCAGGGAAGUUCAGUUUCACAUGUAAGCACAAUAAAACAAAAAUCCUGAUCAAGCA